GGGGGUGUCCGUGGCUGAAGGGGGGAAGGCUGGAGACGGGGGUGCAGUACCACCGCCAGACGCCGCCCUGCGAGGAUCACCGGGACCGCGUAUGCGCACACGGAAAUUCCCUCCCUCCUAGUACCGGUCGCUGACGCGGCGGUGGGAACAUGGAGGCUGCAGCAGCGCUGGGCGGGUUGGGGCUGCCGGCCGCCCUCAUCGUCCUCGUCGUCCUAGUUCUGCUGCUGGCGGUCGCACUGCAACGAUCCGCUCCGCGGGAGACCCCCAUGGCCCCGCAGGACAACCCCUCCGCUCCCUCAGGACCCAGGGCGAACGGGCACUCCAGGCCGGAGGAGCCGCGGAAGACGAAGCCGGCUGCUAGGGUUCGCAGGGAGAAGCCGCAGCAGCACAGCUUCGCACACCAGCUGCUGGUCGCUGCUCUCAAGGUACCGCGUGUGCCCGAGGGCCACAGCAGCCCGGUCACCUGCCUGGACUUCAGCAGCAACGGCAAGUACCUGGCGUCAUGCUCUGAGGACGGCACGGUGCGGCUGUGGAGCACCCGAGAGCUGGCGGGGCGGGAGCACCGCUGCUUGCGCGUCAACGUGGGGCUGGACCACGCCGAGUUCGUUCGCCUCAGCCCCGACUCACGGGCUUUCAUUGUCUGGCUGGCCAAUGCUGAGACUAUUCGUGUCUACAAGAUGACCAAGAAGGAUGAUGGUCACUUCACCUUCACUGUGACUUCUGGGGACUUCCCAAAGAAGCACAAGGCUCCUGUCAUUAACAUAGGGAUUGCAGAGACAGGGAAGUUUAUCAUGACAGCUUCCAGUGACACUACCAUCCUGAUCUGGAGCCCAAAGGGAGAAGUCUUGGCCAGCUUUAACACCAACCAGAUGAACAAUUCCUAUGCCACAGUAUCACCCUGUGGGAGGUUUGUGGCAUCCUGUGGCUUUACCCCCGAUGUGAAGGUGUGGGAGGUGUGUUUUAGCAAGAACGGAGACUUCAGGGAGGUGACCAGGGCUUUUGAGUUGAAAGGCCACACUGCUGGUGUACAGUCGUUUUCCUUCUCCAACGACUCAAGGAGGAUGGCAACCGUGUCAAAGGAUGGCACGUGGAAGUUCUGGGACACAGAUGUGGAGUACAAGAAGCAGCAGGACCCAUACCUGCUUCUGACAGGGCAGUGUGCAGUAUUGGAGCCAUGCCGCAUUGCCCUAUCUCCGGAUGGCCGCACAGUUGCUGUAGCGGGCAGCACAGACAUUGUGGUGUACAACACACGGCGCGCUGAGGAGGAGGAGCGUUUUCUUGGCGUGCACAGCCACUGUAUCACUGACCUUGCCUUUGACACCACUGGCCGCUAUGUCGUGUCAUGUGGGGACCGCGCUAUCCGUGUCUUCCACAACACUACUGGGCACCGUGCUGUGGUAGAGGAGAUGGAGGCCAUGCUGAAAAAAACUGGGAACAAAGCCACGCAGGAAAGGCUGGAGCAGCAGAUCUGCAGCGCUCGCAAAGCAUUGGCUGCCAUCUAUGGCAAGAAGUACUAAGCUACCUGUACAGCAGGAGGCAGCUGUGCUCUGCCUUUGGGGAUGUUUUUUUUUAGUAACUGUGAACAGCAGUAAUAAACAAAUGCCUGGGUC